CAAUCCUCCAUCAUUCCUCAUCUUUGCAUCCACAAUCAACACGCGUUCAUCGCACACCGAAUCGAGCAAAAGCUUUCUUUGCUCCUCCUUUGCACACAACUCACACACCUACCAGACCUCAGCAUCCACCAUGGGUUCCUGCCUCUCCUCUCCCUCCAAGAAGGACCUCAAGCGAACCGACACCAAGGGUUCCAAGAGCGGCAACGACCUUCAACGUACCACUUCCUCCUACCACGGAAGCGUCGCCGAUGGUAUGCGCUACUCUGACCGCACUUCGGGAGCCGAGAGGGAACGUUUGACCGCUAGUCAACUUCACAAGUCCAAGACUCUCGAGGAACGUCUCAAGCAGGCCGAGAAGGAGAACAGGACUAGACAAGGAUAAAUGGCGAAGCACUAGCCUUAGAGGAUUCUGUGGGCUCAGGUGCCCUCUCUUUUCUAUGCGGCUCAGAUGCUUCGAUCUUGGGUCAUCUACAAACACGACAGCCAAUCUAGAGAUGCAGCCAAGCCUUACCAGCAUCACGCUCUCAGCUCACACAUAUCCAACCAGCUCAUUCUCGUCCACAAUCACAUGACUUCCACUCGUAGCAAUCAUCUUGUCUCUUCAAUUGUCCAAAACCAGCUUCCUCUAGCGACCGUCAAUGUGCUCCGUAUUGAGCGGCCGAACGAGCUUUGGCAAGGGUCGGUUGGUCCAAAUUGCGCGGGACAGGCACGCGCACGUACAU